AUGGCUGCUCCUCCACUGCCCACCAGGGCCAAAACUGCCAAUGAUUCCGAUGAUGAUGUCGUGACCGAGGGAGACCCUUCAAGCACCGCCGGUCUAUUGAUCGAGCGGUUGCAGGCGUGGAAGCACAUGUGCGGCUAUCUCGAGAACUACGUCUCCGCAGUUGCUAAGGAGCAGGCUGGCCGCGCCAAAGACCAAGAGAAAGUCCUGAAGACACUGUCGAGUCCCCUCCGUGAGGCCCAUCAUUUCGAUUCCGCUUUGGGUGGUGUUGCUGGUCUCUUUGAAAACUUGCGGGCCAACACCCAAGCGCAAAUCAAUCUGUACACCGAGACCUCCAAAAACCUCACUGCAUCGGUGCUGCCCAUCCUCGAACGUCUACACGCGGAGAUCAAGAACAAGAACAAAGAAAUCUCCAACGGCACUGGGAAAGGUACAAAGGCUGUUGAGUCGGCGCGCAGUCAUUCGCAGAAGCAUAUCGAGCUGCUGGGGCAACAGGCCGCUCAUUUCGACUCGACAGGGGGUAAAGUGUCUGCGCAACAUGACCCCUACGUAGUCAGGAGAGGAACGCUCUUUCGUCUCAACAAACAGCUCCUCGAGGAGAAUAACAACAGACAGGAUCUGAUUGUGGUCCAGAACGCCUUUGCCAAGUUCGAGUCGCACGUGGUGCAGACGGUGCAGACGGCGCUGAACUCGUACAACCAAUUUAUGAGCGGCCAGGCAGAUCGACAGAAAGCCAUGUUCGGCGACAUUGCCUCCACUGCAAGCAAUAUCCCGCUGGACUUUGAAUGGAACGGCUUUACCAAACGCAACCAGCACAUCCUGGUCAACCCGAAUGCGCCGCCAAGGACGAUGGACAGUGUGUCUUUUCCAAACGAAAAGCAUCGUUCUACCAAGCCGCUUAUUGAAGGCACCCUGGAGCGCAAAUCUCGUGGGAUGGGUGCUCUCAAAGGGUACAGCACUGGAUACUAUGCUGUCACUCCAGCAGGCUAUCUGCACGAGUACAAAGAUAACGAUAACUUUCAGAAAGACCCCAGUCCCGAACACUCGUUGUAUCUCCCGGACUGCAUCAUCGGAGCGGUGGACGGACAGAAAUUCACGAUCAAGGGCAAAGACUCCUCAGGCAGCAAGUUGGGGCAGAAGAUGGCCAUUACUUCCGACUUCCAGUUCAAAGCGCACACCAACUCGGAUGCACAGCAAUGGCACUCGAUCAUAGCCAGUUUCGCCAACUCCUCCAACAGCUUGCCCACGAGCCCGACGGAGUCCCGCAACAUUACUCCCAUCACCACUAGGUUGGAAGAAGAUCAGACGCAGGGCGUAACGAGCGGACCAACAAGUGCAACAACACCCAAGACUGCGCAGCCGACGAGUGCCGCAUCUGCUGCCACACCAUCCUCAGCAGGGGCGUUCAACCCGGCAUUUCGCUCGAACUCGUCGGAAGACAGGAAAUUUGCCGGAAAGUAG